AUGCUUGCCAUGCUGGUCGCUUGUCUGUUAUGCGCCUCCAGCAGCCCUCGAUCUGCUCGCCUGAAGAACAAGCAAUCAUUCGAGGCCUUGACUCGACGCGCCUCUAAACAGCGCAGGAUCAGUCGCAGCGGCAGCCACCUUCAUGUCUGCAGAGUGCUUCCAACCAAUGCCAGAUCAAUUCGGCGGAUUAGCACUUGUGAAACAUCAGGUGAUCCCAAGAAAGAGAACCAUAGUUCUGCUGGAGUGUAUUGGGGUGACCUUAAGGCCCGCAACGGUUCACGCAUACCAGCAGAGUCAACUCAGUCGGUAAAAGCCCGUUCGGUUGUCAACCAUAGCUCUUCAGCCUAUCUGGACCGUGACAACCCGACGAAGAAUAAGAAAACCACGCCAUCUGUUCCGGCUUUGCCCAUACCUCCCAAGGACAUCGACGACUUUGAAAGAUGCUGGACUAGAACGCAGACGCAGCAGAAGCGAUUUGGCCUCUCAGAUCCCGUAGUCUGGGCGGCCAUCAACAGGGGCCUUGCUCAGCAGCAACGGCUCACGUCUGCUCUCUCGUCGAAAACCAAGGCACCGGAAUCGGAUCGCGUCGCCACUUCGUCGCGGUCGCCAAGCGAACGCAAAGCCCUUGAUCAUUUUACCAACCAGCUUCAUAAAUUCGCCCACAAGUCGCAGCUGGCUGGGCACAUGACCAUCGACUCUCCCAGCCAGUCUCAGUCUCGAGCCUCGCUUCACACAGUUCAGCCACUCAUGCCGUUCCACAAGGACUUUCAAGCUGCCGGUCUAGCAGUGACCUCUACGGAGCAGAGACGCUUGGGCAGCAGAUACGCCCUGAUUGAUGGCGCUCCGCGCAGGAAACCAGCAGCACACAGAGGUGAUUCUUGUCGAAGCCGAAUUCGUGAACCCGGUCACGCAAUCGAAAAACCCGGUCUGGUUUCUGACAGUAUCAACCUCACCCCGUCGACCGGUCCUACUGACGGUUCUCGCACUGCCGACAUGGCGCAACAACAGCAGGGCCUGAAGAAUAAGAGCGCACGAGACCACAGCGUCAGGUGGAGUCGAUUUCGACUGAUUCUUGACAAACUAGGUCCGAAGCUUCGUGAGAAUGCUGAUUCUCGCGAGCGCCAUGAGAGGAGCCCUCGACUGCCAAAGGACAGUUUGCCACGAAGUCAGGCAGUCCUUCAGGCACGCAAGCCUGAAGCACAUCGGGGCUCGUGCGCAAGUAGAAGCCUCAACUCUGGGUCCCAUAUCAAAUUGAGCGUUUCGAGGCAGACUCAAGGACGAGAACAGGUUGUCGUGGUUAGCGAACCUCGAAAUCCGCCAAUUCGUGAACUCACGAGACACGCAACGCAUGUGCAGGUUCCGCGAGAAAAUGCACAGAUGCAGUUACCACGCCCGUGUCCUAUCGAAGAGGAAGGCGAGACACUAGGAAAUCUGGCUUUGCGCGACACCGGCGACAAAGAACGGCAAACGGGCCAUUGCUUAAGCUCCUUUCCACCUACUUCUCGGCGGGAUGGCUCAUCAGGCUUAGUCUCGUCCGUGCCUUCGCUACCGAGCAUAGCCAGGCUGGCUGGCAGUAACCCGUCGUCAUUGGAUCGAGCCCUGGACGCCGUUGCGAAAACUCUCGACUACAUGGGUGAUGCGAUUCACUUGCCGGACCAGUCGCAACCGCAACUUCACACACGCCAUGAGCGAGCCUGCGGCAACCCACCACAGCUUCAAAACUUGGUAUACCAGAGCCGGGACUCCCAAAUGGGCCGCCGAAACGCACCAUUAGCUCCACCAACGGCGUCCACUGGUCAUGCAGGAGACGGCUCCCCAGCUUACGGCUGUCGGCUCAGGCCCACGUCUCAGGAACUCCUUCUCGAUGAGCUUGAUGCCUUUUUUGGGUACGAUGAUGCUGAGAUUGACAAAGGCCAUAUUCUGAAGGGUUUGCAAGUGGCGGUGCAGGCCGCUGCUGAUGACUUGUACGAUGCGCAUAUCAGAAACACAACUGGUCUAAGAAUCCGACGGUUCCUGGCGGAUCUCAUGUCGGUUGAUAUUCUCCAUGAGGAUAUCGGUCACAGAUAG